CGACAUCAUGUUCUAUUCUUACAUUUUCCACUUGUUUACACAGGUCAUCUCUCUCAACUUCGACGACUUACCUUUCCUCUUGUUCCGUGUCUUUUUUACUUUUGCUGGAUCGCUGCAUUAGGAACAUCUGCUCAAUUUCUUCCAUAAUCGACUUCAUUUGCUCCUGCUGCUGCUGCAGCAUCACCUUCUGGAACGCCCGAAACUGUUGCAGCAUUGUUGCUGUCAGGAUGCCAGGCUUUUCGAGCUCAAUACCUCCUGACGCUGUUGCAUUUUCUCGAUCCUCUUCUUGGAACCUUUGAUUUUGAAACUCCUUUUUCAUUUUUUGAUUUUAAAAAUAUAUAUAUAUAUAUAUAUUUUUGUAUAUUUUGCUUCUUCGUUUUUUUCUGCCUUCUUGGCUUUUUUUCAUUUAUUUGUUAUUAUUUUUUUAAUUUAUUUCUUUUUUAAUUGGGACUUUUAAUGUCCUCUUUUCAAAUUGUAUAUUUUCUUAUUUUUUUGGGACUUUUGUUGUCCUCUUUUCACUUUGUUUUUGCCCCUAUGGUUUGUGUAAAUACGAAAUUCUUCGAUCUGGCAACCCUAAUUCUAUUUCCUAAAUUUCGAGUCGAUCCACAAGCUUUGCUUUUGUUUGUGUCGCUCAAUUACUCAAAAUGUCCGUUUGUGUCCUAUCUGUGGCUUUUCAAUUUUCCUUUUUCCUCAAUAAAAUCACUUGUAAACCAACCUACAAUCACAACUGUUGUUAUUGGUAAGCGCCGUUCAAAUUUUGCAAUUUGAAUUCUAAAUAAAGAACCAUAAUUGUUCUUUUCCCCAACAUCAAACUUAUUCCAUUGUUUUAUUUCUUUUUCUUCCAUUUUUUCAAUCCCAAACCGAGAGGAAAAUAUUUCUACUCCAAGGAAUAUUUUUCUGUCCACAAACAGCAGAAUAACAAUCCAGCAUUUUCUAGGAAAAUACCCACAAUUUUGGCAUUUUCAUUUGGUCCUGUUCGAACCGGAUUUUAUUGCUGUUUUAAUUUCCAUUUUUCAUCUAAAAUCAAGAACCAUGCCCAAACAUUCCGCCCCCAAAGGUCAGCGCAACCACAACAAAGCCCCAUACCAAAAUGGGAAAUUCUUGUGCCGGCUCUGUCAGCGUCCCCAUUCCUUACGUCGGUGCCAUAAGUUCCUGGAUAUGGACAUGACGGAACGGUUCGAAGUGGUGCGCAAGCACAAAUAUUGCGUGAAUUGUUUGGCCCUGGACCAUUCCCAUGGUUCGUGUUUCAGUGACACCGGCUGUCGCCACUGUCACAAGUACCACCACACACUGCUCCACGUGGAUCCAAAGCUGCGGGCCCAAAUCCUUCCACCAUCUCCUAAGUCCCGAUCGGAAUCUAGGUCGGUUUCACCGCGACCAUCAACCUCUAAAGCUCGGCGAGUACCAAACAGGCCUUCUUCGUCCUCAGCAACUUCGCAUAACCCGAAGGGAUCUCUCACAUCCCUGAUCCAGCAAAAUCGGACCAUUUUGCUACCCACCGUCCUGGUAAGGAUAGAUGCAAAGAAUGUGGCGCGAUGUUUGUUGGAUUCCGCCUCUCCAGUAAGCCGUGUGUCGAGGAGCUUUGUGGAGAAAAUUAAAGUCAACUCCUUGACAUUAAGAGAGGAGACAGUGUGCCAAUUGACUCUGUUCUCAAGAUUUGACUCCAAAGUGAAAAUCGAGGGCACCUUUCGCGUGGAUAAUCGGAUCACCACAAAGACGCCAGCCGAAUCCCUGCCCGACGACUUCAAAAAAAAUUUCCCCCAUCUUUUCUUGGCUGAUCCGAAAUUUUACCAGUCAUCGGGAAUAGAUAUCGUCAUAGGCGUCGAUAUCUACCCGAAAGUAAUUUCGGAGGGGGUGUAUGCCAGGAAUGGGUUACCAACUGCCCAAAGUACCGUUUUUGGGCAAAACGUUGUCGUACUCAUCUUCCCCGCAUCCGCCGAACAUGUUGGAGCCUUCUGUACGUGA